CUGUUUUGGCUGAUGUGAGUCGUCGCCACCAAAACGACGUCUCUGAAACCUCGCUUUGUCUCCAUUCUCGCGGUUAAACUCGAAGAAUAUUCUGAUUAGUAUGGGGAGAGGGAAGAUAGUGAUAAGGAGGAUUGAUAAUUCCACGAGCAGACAAGUAACUUUCUCCAAGAGAAGAAAUGGAUUGUUGAAGAAAGCGAAGGAGCUCGCGAUCCUCUGCGACGCGGAAGUCGGAGUCAUGAUCUUCUCCAGCACCGGGAAGCUCUACGAUUUUGCUAGCACCAGCAUGAAAACUGUAAUUGAGCGGUACAAUAGAACAAAAGAAGAAAACCAGCAGCUCGGUAACCAAACAUCUGAAAUAAAGUUCUGGCAAAGGGAGGCAACAAUGCUGAGGCAACAGCUGCAAAGCCUCCAAGAGAAUCAUCGGCAGAUGAUGGGGGAAGAGCUUUCUGGCUUGAAUGUUAAAGAUUUACAGAACUUAGAGAACCAACUGGAGAUGAGCCUUCGAAGUGUUCGCAUGAAAAAGGACCAAAUCUUGAUGGAUGAAAUACAAGAACUAAACCGAAAGGGGAACCUCAUUCACGAAGAGAAUGUUGAGCUCUAUAAGAAGGUUUAUGGAACAAGGGAUGGGAAUGGAGCAAACAGGAAUUCCAUUUUCAAAAAUGGUCUAAGCUUAGGAGAUGACUUGCAUGCACCUGUUCACCUCCAGCUAAGCCAACCAGAGCAGGCAAACUACGAGAGACCUUCAAGGGCUACAAAACUGGACAAACUGCAACUGCAUUAGCAAAGAAGAUGCAUUACAAAGGGAUUAAAUGAGCUCAAUUUCUAUCAAGAAGGAUCCAUGGAUGAAGUUAUGCUCCUAAUACUUGGGAUGUGGUAUGUGAACCACUAGCUAUUCAAGAAAACCUUUUGGUUAAAAAUGAUUAAAGGAAGCAACUUUAGCAGGUGUGUGUGAAGAGGGAAACCAGCUUCUUCUGUAAAGAUAAGAUUUAAGUGUAAUAAAGGAUGAAAAAUAAAUUUCACUGCAUCUACCAGGCAAUAAUUUAGCAGUAAUAAAAUAAAGGGUGAUCCUGAGAAA